UAUAUCUUAGUCCUGUGCUUUCUUUGUUUACACUUCCGAUUGGUGGUCGAAUUCUACAGUCGACCAUGAGAGCUCUCUUUCCGGGUGUUUGCCUGUUACUUUUUGGGCUCGCCGCGGGCUCUUUCCGGGUCCGCGUGCCCCCACACGAGCAGGUCGCCCGGGUCGCCCGCUUCGUCGCCCACCAAUGCGACUGGGCUUCCAUGGCCACCAUCAGCAGCCACAAGCCGGUGGUGGGGCAGCCUUUCUCCAACGUGUUCUCGGUGAGCGACGGGCCACCGGGCUUCAGCUCCGGCGUGCCGUACAUGUACUUGACCCGCAUGGAGAUCUCCGUGCAGGACCUGGAGGUCAACCAGCAGGCAUCUUUGUCAAUGUCUCUGGCUCAGACGGCCUACUGCCGCCAGCAGGGCUUCGACCCUCAGAGUCCUCUGUGCGCCCACAUCAUCCUGUCCGGAUCUGUGCUGGAGGUGAACAGCACAGAGGCAGAGUUUGCAAAGAAAGCCCUCUUCACUCGACACCCCGAGAUGAUCGACUGGCCCUCUGACCAUGACUGGUUCUUUGCCAAGUUCAACAUCACACAGGUGUGGGUGCUGGAUUAUUUUGGCGGGGUGAAGACAGUCAGUCCGGAGGAAUACUACCAAGCCUCUCCCAACUAAUACGCACAAAUGACGUUUAUGGGGGCUUAGUGUGUUCUUUGCAGUGAAUCAUAUUGUGAAUUCCUUCCAGUGAAUCCACUUAUCUUCUAUGAUUUCUGAGUGCCAUACAUACAGCAGCAACAGGAGUGAUGGGAUUGGCUUGCUAUAACUAUUGGAAGACAGCGUACAAUUGAAAUGAGGUGUUGUGGGAGUGGAAAUUGAUACAGGCACGCAGGGACGCCCAU